AUGGCGGAGCAUCGAAAGCGCAAGCCGACGAAGUGUCUGCGGAAUCUUCUCCUCACUGGAACUCCGGGAACCGGCAAAUCUACAGUUGCUGCGAAGUUUUGUGCGAGAAUGCGGUUGAACGUACCUGCAAACGACUGGCCUGUUCAUAUAAACGUCUCUGAACUGAUCAAGGAGAACCCGUCGCGGUUCGCUGAGGAGUUUGAUAGCGAACGCGACUGCUUCGUUAUCAACGAAGACGCCGUAGUUGAGCACCUAGAGCCCAUAGUGCAAAAGUGUAAUGUGGUCUUAGAGCACCAUUCCAGUGACUGGUUCCCGGAACGCUGGUUUUCCCGAGUUGUGGUCCUGGCCAGCGCGACUGAUGUACUGUAUCGACGACUCGAGGCGAGAGGAUACACGACGGAAAAAGUGCAAGAAAACGUAGAAGCAGAAAUCAUGCAAGUUUGUGCAGAUGAAGCGAUGACGAGUUAUGACCGCAAGAUUGUUGACAUUUACGAGAACAAUACUGAGGACGAUAUGGAGCGAAUCGUAGGGAACCUCUGCGAAUGGUGGUUGAUCAGAAGUUGA